CACAACUCUUUUAUCGUCUGGUUCUUCCUCUUUCUCCUCUUCCGCUCCCGCAAUCCACACCCAACAGCGGGCCGGAGCUUCUGUUCUCUACUGCCUUUUCCAAGUUUCUAUGGAUUCUUCAAAACUAUUGAAUUAGGGUUUUCUUAUCGUCUGUCAAUAUGGUUGCUCUGUCACUCUCCAGUCCCAAUUUCACCACCUCUCUCCUAGGCCGGCAACUGCCUUUCCGAGACAAUGCAAGGAAGCUGACAAGAUUUAGCAAUGCUUCAUGUAUUAGAUGUGCCGUGGAUACACCAUAUGGAGGUAAUGUCCAGAAGUUUCCUCGAACCAGUGUUUGGGAUCCUUACAGGCGCCUUGGUAUUAGCCGUGAUGCUUCUGAAGAAGAAAUUUGGGGAUCAAGAAAUUUUUUAUUGCAACAAUAUGCUGGACAUGAGAGAAGUGAAGAAUCCAUAGAAGCUGCAUUUGAAAAAAUACUGAUGGCUAGCUUCAAACAAAGGAAGAAAACAAAAAUCAAUCUGAAAAGCAGGUUGAAAAAGAAAGUAGAGGAGUCUCCACCUUGGGUUCAGAACUUGCUCAACUAUGUUGAACUUCCCCCAACCGAUGUUAUCCUGAGAAGAUUGUUCCUCUUUGCCUUCAUGGGUGGCUGGAGUAUUAUGAACUCUGCCGAGAGUGGACCUGCAUUUCAGGUGGCAAUCUCUUUGGCAGCAUGCAUAUAUUUUCUUAACGAAAAAACAAAGAGCUUGGGCAGAGCAUGUAUAAUUGGAUUCGGAGCUCUAGUAGCUGGCUGGGUCAGUGGUUCAGUGGCGGUACCAAAUAUCCCAUCAACGUUGCUUCCCCCAACCUGGACGCUUGAGCUUUUAACGUCACUGGUGGCUUAUCUCUUCUUGUUCCUUGCUUGUACUUUUCUCAAGUGAAGUGGCGGCCACAACGAGCCGUUCGUUUUUCUCUGAUGAACUCCCAGCUUUGAUUAAACUCAUGCGAGUUUCUGCCGUGUUCCUUAUGACAGAGAAAUGAGUUUAGUUUUGCUAUGCUGGCAAGUGCUUGCUAUUAGUGUCACUUGACUAGACAAUGGUUGUCGUGGAUUUUUCAGUUGCCAUUACAUUACAGGAAAUGUUUUCCGACAUUAUUUUCUGUUCAUUUCUGUGUCUCUCUUAUUUCAGAGACGACAUACAGAUUUAUAACUUUUUAAGAGAAUUAAAAUUCAGAAAUUGUGAAAUGAGAUAUUGACGUA